AAUAAGAUAGCAAGUGCGUCCGAGGUGGGAUUUCGUAGGUCCUGCGUCAGCUGGAGCCUGUAGGCGAUUGGGGGACGCUUGAGUUUUUCCUUUUUUUGACUAAUUAUAAAGUGGCUCCAUCCACUUCCCAGCACACAGACUCAAGUGGAGAGCUCCCCAUCCCUUCACGUCCACUUCAGUAACCCACUGAAGACGAGAUUCUCCUGGGACGCAAAUUGCUCUGCUCCGCUAUAAAUAUUUGGUGAGCAAACCAAAGCACUUCAGCCAGCCCACACUCGAUCCAAGGAAGCAUCUAACCCAUGGCGCUGUUCCUGAAGCUCUGCAGUUUGCUUCUGGCUCUCAGCCCUGGCCUCUUCCUGACCGUCAGGGCUGAAUGCAGCAAGGACUGCACCUCAUGCACCUACCGCCUGGGACUACAUGCGGACAUCAAUCCAUUGGCUUGCACACUAGAAUGUGAAGGGAAAUUGCCAUCCGCCAAGGCCUGGGACACCUGUAAGGAACUUCUGCAACUGACCAAGAUGGAUCUUCCUCAGGAAGGCACCAACAACCAAGGAGAAAGCAAACAAGAUGAGGGUCAUCUUCUAGCCAAAAAGUAUGGGGGCUUCAUGAAAAGGUAUGGAGGAUUCAUGAAGAAAAUGGAUGAGCUUUAUCGAGCAGAGCCAGAAGAUGAGCUGAAUGGAGGAGAGGUCCUUGCCAAGCGAUAUGGAGGCUUCAUGAAGAAAGAUUCUGACGAUGAUGCAUUGGCCAAUUCAUCAGACCUGUUGCUGAAAGAGCUGCUGGGAACAGGGGACAACUCUGAGGCAGGGCGUUACCGAGAAGGUAAUGAAAAUGAGGAAGAAAUGAACAAGAGGUAUGGGGGCUUCAUGAGAAGCUACAAGAGAAGUCCAGAAUUGGAAGAUGAAGCAAAAGAGCUACAGAAAAGAUAUGGGGGCUUUAUGAGAAGAGUUGGAAGGCCUGAAUGGUGGCUGGACUACCAGAAAAGGUAUGGUGGAUUUCUUAAGCGCUUCGCUGAUUCCCUGCCUUCAGAUGAGGAGGGAGAAAGUUAUUCCAAAGAAAUUCCAGAAAUGGAGAAGAGAUAUGGAGGAUUUAUGAGAUUUUAAUACCUUUUUCCCAUCUGUUCCCAAAUGCCCUGCCCAGCUUUUCUUUGGAAAGACUGCCUCAUUGAUCAUAUUUUAUUGUAAGGUGUUGCUUGCACUGUACAGUUUUUUACUGUCCUAGUUAACAAUAUACCCUUCAAUCUGUUAUUUGAGUUUCUGUGUUCUUUUGAAGGUCUGCAACUUCUGUUCUAGUCCAAUUUAAGCCACCUUAGUAGUUUUCAUGCUAAUAUUGUUUUUGUUCAUUUGUUCUUUACUUUAAACAAAAUAUCUAUAAAUGCUUACUUGUACAUAGAUAGAAUAAAUUCCUCAUGCCAACUGCA